AUGUCCGCCUUCAGCCCCCUAGGCGCCUUCGCCACCUUCGCCGCCUACCAACGCCUCCAAGGAUCUCAAGAAGCACAAGAUCUAUACCAGCUCAUCUACCACCCAGAAACCUCGGAACCGACCAACAGUUCACCUUCCCCGUCAGGCCUGCCCCUCUACUUCCGCCUCGCCCGCUACCUCUUCUCAAUAACCCUGGCCGCGGCAGUCGGCGGCCGCAUAGUCGGAAUCCACGGCCACCUCCUCCCCACAGAACAGAAACUGUACCCUACUUCGACAGUCCCAGAGACGAUUUCCAUGCUGUGGUUGGCUGCGAUGUGUGUCAUCGCACUUUUUGGCUUGGAUGGGAAUCUGGGGUUAGGGUUGUUUGGGACGGCGUGGUGGGAUAUGGUGGAUUGGGUGCAUGAGCAGGCGAGGGGGGAGGGGUAUUGA